AUGAAAGAGAGAUCAGAGAGAUACACCGUAAUUACAUAACACAUCCCUGCUGUGCUGUGAGGUAGCUGUGACUUUCGAGAGGAGGAAAUCAACUCAGGGCAAAGAAGUUGGAUGAGUGCUUCUCUUAAACUUGAGGAUAUGGUCAAAGAGUUGCGAAUUGAUAUUGACGAAAAUUUGGAGCCUGAGCUUGAUGCUCGUAAGUGUUGUAUUUAUAGGGUUCCUCAGGAUCUUCGUACCGUAAAUGAAGAAGCCUACACUCCUCAAUUAGUUUCAAUAGGUCCUCUUCACCAUGGAAAAAAAAAAUUAGCUAACAUGGAAAAGACAAAAAUAAAAUAUAUGAAAAGUUUUCUUGAACGAAUAACAACAGUGAAGCGAGAUAAAAUAUUAAACUUCAUCAAAGAUAACGAGAAAAAUAUUCGUAAUUGUUAUGCAGAGACAUCUAAACUUGGGAAAGUUGAGUAUGCAAUGAUGAUUCUAUAUGACGCUAUCUUUAUCAUAGAGUUGUUCUACAGGGAUGACAACUUUUUUUGUAAAAGUGAUUUAUUACUAUCUACAGCAAGGGUAAAAGCAUCUUUACGUAGGGACUUUCUAUUACUUGAAAAUCAACUUCCAUACUUCGUCCUCAAGGAAAUAUGUGAGUUAGCUCUCGUUGGCCCUAAAAUGCCUACCUUCACAUACCUUUCACAUUCUUUUUUUAAUACUCCUACUUCGAAUUUGGGCAGAUUAACCCCCCAGGUGGCAGUUAAACAUUUACUCGAUUGGCAAAGAACUAGUAUAGUGGAACGCAACCAAAAAUCUGAGCAGGUCAAAGGAAUGAUUCGUUAUUUACCUUGUGCAAUGAAGUUGCAUGAGUCAGGAUUGAAGUUUAAGCGUUUAAAAGAAGAACACAUCUUAACUAACAUAAGAUUGAAAACACGAAAUCAACGAGUCCCAUGGUUUGAAGUACAUGAGAUGCAAAUACCACAUUUAAAAUUAUUGGGCCACACUGAAAGUUUACUUAGAAACAUUAUGGCCUUAGAGCAGUGUCAUUAUCCAGAUGAUACUCAGGUUUGCAAUUACAUUAGACUAAUGGAUUAUCUUAUCGAUACUGAAAAAGAUGUGGACCUGCUUGUUGAAAAUGGAAUUAUUUCCCAUGAAAUGGGCGAUAAUACUUCGGUAGCAAAUAUGUUUAACAAACUUAGCCAAUUUAUCAGUCCUAGCAAAUCUUCACACUUUGAAAUUUGCAAGAAACUCAGGGAACACUAUAAGAAUCCAUGGAACAAGAAAAAAACAACUCUGAAAAGAGUAUAUUUCAACAAUCUUUGGAGAGGCACAGCGACUCUUGCAGCAGUUAUACUCCUACUACUCACUAUCAUACAAACCACAUGUUCUAUCUUGCAAUUUGUGUGAUUGUAAUUAAUUUUGCAUUGAAGCUUGUUGUCUUUAUAAUGUAAAAUGCUUGCUAUGUAUUUCAUUAUUUCUCAUUCACACAUUGUACCAUGUUUCAAUUGU